CAAGACAAGCUUGUUUACAUUGAACUGAUUUUCGACAUUCGUAUAUACAUACGUAUUGGCCGUAUUGCAAAUUUAAUAUAUAGAAAAUCGUGGAUAAGAUAAAGGUGCGAUGUGGCACCUGUGUACAAAAAGAUUUCUAACCUGAUUCUCGGACACGACCGCUAGGAUAAACGGCGAAAAACAGCAUUAUGUCCUAGUAAAAUUCGAAUUUCGCACGAAGCACCGAGGAAAUGCGCGUCUAUCAAUAGCUAUGUUUAUAUGCGGUGUUCAAAGAUGAAUGUACCAUUGAUCGUUUUUGGGAUUUUUUAUUUUCUGACCGUGUUUAGAUUCUCCCAUGCGUGGGAUAACGAUGAUUUGGAAGUGUUCGACGUGGUCGAGGAAGUCAAUCAAAAUUUCUACGAAGUCCUGGGCGUUACGCAGUCCGCGAAUGCCUCGGAUGUCAAAAAAGCAUUUAGACGCUUGUCAUUGCAAUUGCAUCCGGACAAAAAUCCUGCAGCGGAUGCGGAACAACAAUUUAGAAAGUUAGUAGCUGUUUACGACAUUUUAAAAGAUCCCGGAAAGCGACAAAAAUAUGAUAAUGUACUCGUUAAUGGUCUGCCAAAUUGGCGAUCAGCAGUAUAUUACUACCGUCGUGUUCGGAAAGUGGGACUAUUGGAAAUGAGUGGUCUUCUAUUUAUAACUGUCACAAUAGGACAAUAUGUUGUAGCAUGGGCGGCAUACUUGGAGAAACGCUACACUUAUGGGCAAGUUUUAGGUAGCAAACUCCAAAAAAUGCAAAAGAAAAAUAGAAAGAGCAAAAUGGAUAUUCCGGAUCUGGCUGACAUCUUGGAAAAAAUUCCUACUCCAACUGUAUGGAAUACUCUUCCAUUCCAACUACCAAGGUGGAUAAUAAAUUCAAUAAUAGGUAUUCCGUCUACCAUUCGUUGCAUUAUUCAACUCUUAAAAGAAAGGAAGGAGAAGAAAAAACAGGAGGAAGAGGAAGCGUUAGCGCAAGAGAACGAACAAUCUGAACCCGAAGUAACGUCACGCGGCGUUAGGAAACGUAGGACUGGCUUCACUCCGCAAGAAAGAAACGCUAGUAAUUUUAAGGAGACUGCAAAGAAAGAGGAUUGUGAUUAUACGAAUCACGUCUUUGAGAAGCCAAUAGUGUCUGGCGGCUUAUGGACUGAUAACGAUAUAUUAGAAUUGAUAAAGUGUGUAAAAAAAUAUCCCGGCGGAACUCCGGAACGAUGGGAAAAAAUUGCGAGCGUUAUGAAUCGCACAGUCGCGGAAGUUACGCACAUGGCUAAAAAGGUCAAAGAUGAAGGCUUGAAGCCUGGUGAAUCGGCAGAGGAAGUUGCUGCGGAGGAGAGACCAAAGAAGAUUAAAACACGCAGCGAGAACACAGCUAGCGCUGUUGAGUGGAGUCAAGAGGAACAAAGAGCGUUAGAAGCGGCCCUCACGAAAUAUCCCAAAGGUGCAUCUGUAGAUAGAUGGGAAAAAAUUGCAAAUUGCGUCGAAGGGAAGACGAAGGAGGAAUGCCAGGCGCGCUAUAAACAAUUGGUGGAAUUAGUGAAAAAGAAACAACAAUCUCAAUAGUUCAAUUUGUACAGAAUUAUUUUUUUUUUUUUUUGAAGAUAUACUUUGUACUGUUGAGCCAAGAAACAGUUAUUAUCGAACUAUAUCAUAAGAAGUGUGCAGAAGUGAAAAGAAAAUAUUUCCUGACCACAAAAUAUCAAUCUGCCUCUUUCGAGGGGUUAUAAAUUUUCUGUAGAUUCUUUUAUACAAAUGGUGUUUUAACCGUGUUAUAUGUAUAUGCGUCCACAUAAACUAACUCGGUUACCACAACACAAAGAUAAAUUUAAAAAAGGGGAAGAAUUAGAGAGAUAUGAAUGGUUCCCUAUGUCAUCAUACUAAAUGUUUAUUGAGAAUGUAUUUAUUUAAUAAAUUUAAUAAUUAAUCAA